UAAGCAGAACAUAAUAUAAUAAAUAAAAAAUUUACAAAAUAAAUCUUAAUUAACUGAAACGCACUAGUUUCAAGAUAAUUACGUUCAAUAUAUUUUAGUUUUGUUUUAAUUGCACGAUUUCAUUUUUCGUUUGACAAUUUUGUGCGUACUUCAAGCGUUUGUUCCUACAUGUCGGCUGUGGAUCCACCUUUAGUGCAGUUGGAGGACGUUGAUCUUAUGAGCACAUUUUCAGAUGAAGAGUCAACGCCUGCUCUAAGUACAGGAAAACUCACAACAACGACAAAAGUUGAAAUAAAUACAAUUGGCAUUAAUAAUAAAGAAAAAAAAGGCAAAAAGAAAAAAUCGCGCCGACAAAACGUGCUGCUAUCUGUUGACGAUGAUGACGAUGGAGCUGCCGAAAUUAAAUAUAGUGAUACAAAUGAUGUUAGUAUUGAUAACGACGAUGACGAUGAAAAUACUUUCUAUAAUGACUUAAGCAACGAUAAACUAAAUGGAUACCAUCAGCAGUAUAAACAAAACCAUAAACAAACGCUCCAACCGUCAACGCUUAAAAAUACUCACGGCAACAGCAUCAUUUCGCUCUCAUCAAACACCUCACCUUCUCUUAGCAACAACAGAGAGAACCAUAGCGGUAGCAGUAGUGGCAGUGCAAGCAAUCCCAGCAAUCGCAGUACACCACAACCCGGCAGUGGAGUUGUUACACCGUUGUCACUUCGAAAUUCUCCACAGAAUUUUCAUAAAAUUCAUAAUUUGCCAUUAAAUAAUCACGGACACGAUUGUGCUGACGACGGUGACGAAAUUUGUUUAGUGCCAGAAGUUGAUUUUGAAGUAGGUUCGAUGGGUGGGGGAGAUAAUCGUGAAUCACAGCCUUUAUUAGGUGGACAUAGUGGAAGCGGCGGUCGCGAUCAAACGGAUUUAUCUUUCAAUACAUUUGUCGAUGAUCCUGUAUUUGCCGAUAUAGUUUCACAAGUAGAAACUGGUAUCGAACAUGGUAUAAUGCCAGAGCGAAUUUAUCAAGGCAGUAGUGGUUCAUAUUUCGUUAAAAAUAAUAAUGGACAAAUAUUAGCUGUUUUCAAACCCAAAGAUGAGGAGCCUUACGGUAGACUGAAUCCAAAGUGGACUAAAUUAAUGCAUAAAAUAUGUUGUCCUUGUUGUUUUGGGCGGGCUUGUUUAAUACCAAAUCAAGGCUAUUUAUCCGAGGCCGGAGCUAGUCUAGUCGAUCGCAAACUGAAAUUAAAUAUUGUACCAAAAACUAGAGUUGUACGUUUAGUAGCUAAAACAUUUAAUUAUGCACGCAUAGAUCGGCAAAAAGCGAAGCUUAAGCAACGCAUAAAAGAGCAUUAUCCUGCAGCCCAUUUCAACCGAAUGAGCUUACCUUUAAAGACUGGUUCUUUCCAACUUUUUGUUGAGGGUUAUAAAGACGCGGACUACUGGUUGAGGCGUUUUGAGCAAGAGGAACUUCCGGAACCAGUUGCUAAAUCAUUUCAACUGCAGUUCGAACGUCUUGUGAUAUUGGAUUACAUAAUACGAAAUACAGAUCGCGGUAACGAUAAUUGGCUAAUUAAAUACGAAUCACCAACGCCCAAGCCCAAUGUUUUACACAAAUUAAGAGCUUUUACGACUGACAAACGAACGGUUCCCACUGCUGGUUUUUUGCAUAGCGGUGCGAUUGACGAAAAUGAAGAUGAAAAUUCAAGAUCGUCGUCAAACCCUGACAUGCCAUCCACUAGUCAAAAGGGAAACGACACAAAUGCUCGUGAUAAUGUGGUUGAAAGUGAUGAUGAGGAUGAAGUACCGCCGCCGGAAAUAAAAAUUGCUGCCAUCGACAAUGGUUUGGCAUUUCCAUUUAAACACCCCGAUUCGUGGCGAGCUUAUCCUUAUCAUUGGGCUUGGUUACCGCAAGCUAAAGUGCCUUUUAGUCAAGAAACAAAAGACCAUGUAUUACCAUUCUUAUCUGAUAUGAAUUUCGUAGAAGAAAUUUGUUCAGAACUAUUAUCGUUGUUUCAACAAGAUAAAGGUUUUGAUAAAAGACUUUUUGAACGACAAAUGUCUGUGAUGCGUGGCCAAAUUUUAAAUUUGACACAAGCUCUUAAAGAUGAUAAAUCGCCCGUACAGUUGGUGCAAAUGCCUGCAGUUAUUGUUGAGAGGUCAAGAGGAGCAAGUCGAGGAUUUUUCUCAUUUACGCAACGCUUCCAAAAUAAAAGUCCAUUCUUUUCAUGGUGCUAACAUGACAAUAAACAGUUAAGCAUCGUUACCUUAAUACGUAUAUUGUGAACAUACCGCGUAUGCUAUAAUUCAUUAUAACCACAUUAUGAUUGCGAACGAAAAUGAUGCAGGCCAUGUCUUAAUUUCAACAAAGAUUUAUUUUAGUACUUUGCUGGCAACUGAAUACUGUGCACUUAAAUAUGCUUAUGUUUUGUUAAUUUCUUCAUAUAUUUUAAAAUUCUAAAUUUACAGAUAAAAAUUCAU